UCCCACGCCAGUAGAAGUCUUGAGAUAUUUCACGUACACCGCCCAUCAAAGGAACCCGCCUGAAGACGACACGCCCGCAAUGUCAUUAUCAUCGGGAACUUGCAGCGUAGCUAAGGACGCCUUCACCUCCGCGAAGAAAGUCUUCCUGACACACACACUCCCCAGUUCGGGGUCUCUAACCGCGGUGGAAGAUUCUGCCACUAUUGAGGACUUGCAAGAUGCCAUCCGCCAAUCUCUAUCACUCUACGAAGCUCGUGUCGCGUCAUCAGGCAAGACUCGGAAAUGGUUGCAAAAGGCGUCGGAAGGCAUCUGCCACUACGGCACCAUUCUCGAUGUCUUCGUUCAGCAUCAUCCAGAGUACGUCGCGCUUGUCUGGGGCGCGAUGAAGUUUCUGUUCAUCUCUGUGCAGAAUCACGGUCAAACCCUCAAAAUCCUUGCCAAGUCGAUCGCCAAGGUGGCCCAGCAUCUCCCUAACAUCCAGAGACUCUCGGCUCUGUACCCGUCAAACGAGAUGAAAGUUGCUGUCGAGACACUUUAUUCGCAUCUCCUAGACUUCCUACUCAAAGCGCAUAGGUGGCUCACCGAGUCCAGGUUAAAGCACUUCUACCACAGUCUGACUCAGCCGCCAGAGUUGGUAUAUGGGGAUGUUCUGGACAACAUCAGCCAGGCAACGGCCAGAAUCACCGAGCUGGCAUCUGUUGAGUCGCAAACCGAGAUUCGAAACAUGCAUGAUGACCACAGCCGGGACCUGAAGGAGAUUGCCUCUACAGUCAAGGCUGCUGAAGUAGCCAGAAAGAACGACAUCCAGCUUCUGGAACGGUCUGUGUCGAGAUUGCACGUAUCUCAGACACACCAAAGUGCACAACUAACUCGCAUCGUGAUGAUGCUGGCCGGGACAGACUCUACCAUCCAUGAUGUUGUCACGAAAGUCGAGAACUUUCACGCUAUUCAGACAAGUGCUGUUCUGAAUACCAACCUGCAUUUGACGCAACUGGAACAGCUCCACGUGUUGUCAAACAUGUCACUUUCUUUCGAAGACCCAGACAAGUGCCUGCAACGUCACUCUUCUCUUCGUCGACGUAGAGGCAAAGCUAACGGGGGCAAGCCGGUCGUCAACAAUAUCUGGUUAUCCCCCAAACUCCGGAGAGCAGCAGGUUCCCCGUCAUCAACAAUCACCACUGUCCGUGGCCCAUUCAGCACACGUUGGGCAAUCCAAGAUUUUGGAGUUGACUUGAUCCAGGCGAUAUCUUCACCUUCGAGUGCAGCUAGGGUGCUCUGGGCCCUCACAGAUGCAGCAAAUGACAGCAGGAGCCGGGAAACGGUAUGGAAUACUGCCAAUCUCAUGAAGGUCCUCACGUGGCAAGCCCUGCGAGUUGUUGCUGCCAAUACCAACACCGCCUACACGGCGAGAGAAGCGCUGCCUACUGAGAAGGACAUGUCGAUGCGCUACUCGCGGUUUUACACAACCCGCGCGGAGCAAGACUGGGUCACAUUUUUCGCAGAAGUGGUUUCGAAGCUAGAACAGAAGCAAGUCUUUGUCGUCAUAGACCUCGCAGCAGUUGAAUCCUGCUGGCGUGAUGGUGAUGCCGGCAGGCGCGAUGGGCAACAAUUUGAUCUGAUCCGUGCGCUGGGCCAGCUAACAAGGGAGAUCACACGCCCGAUUCUGAAGAUUGUCCUGCUCGUCUAUGAUGCGACGUGGUCAGGCCACGUCUUUGAGACUGCAGCAGGGUCGAUUGUCCAGGUCAGGAUGGAGAAGGCAAGGCCCAUAACAAUGCUUAGUCGGGGAAUGCCGCAGGGCAAGGUCAGACGGGUUCUUGGUGCACGGUGAUCAUUCUUCAAUCACAGUCAUUCAGGGUUGCGUUAUUUGUAGUCAAUUCGACAAUAGUCUAGGACGUCUCCCCAACUUCAAUCUUCUGACUACUAGGCAAUGCGGAACGAUUGCGGCCCUUCUUCUGAACAAGUGCCUUUG